CCUAGACCCUGACCGGGAUUUCGCUCUUUUCUACAGGGAUGAUGACGCUGGAGCAGGAGCGAGACCAACCCAAAGGGGCCACCGGCGGUGAGGCAGCCUUCCCCGCCCACCCAACCUUGCACGCCACCCUCCACCCUGGCCCUGACCACCCUCGUCUCGCCCACCCGCACCUCUCCCCGAAGGUUAUGAAGUCCAGUACUCACUUUGCACGACGUUCUAGGACUCCCGUGAGGCAACUGCAGAUAGAUGCAGACAACAUCCUAGGACCCCACACUGCCACUGUCGAUGCUCCUAUUCUCUUGGGGGUUCGCCAAAGGCCAGGUAAAUCUCCAAGGGCGUCUCCAAUACAAGGUCACAGGUCACCCCUGGGGAAGAGGUCGACGCACGGACACGGACAUAAACACGGGUUUGUUUCUGGGAUGAAAAGUCCUUCAGAAAGCACCAGCAGACGGGGAAGUGAGACGGGUGUGGCUCAGAAACAGAAGAAGCUGGCAUGUGAGGUUGUGGUGCCCCCGCUGCCACCUCCCCCAGAUCCCAGGAGCCAGUGCCGCGUCCACCCGCAACCGAGUAGUGUGGACAGUGCCGAGAGUGUUAACCUGAUGGAUCUCUCAAGUGAUAAUGAACAGAGUUUUGGCAGUGUAGACUUAGUGAGAACGUCCCCGAUGGAGGGGCAGAGUAUGGAAGUAGACUACAGCGGUGCCGCGCCCCCGUCUCGGGUGGUGGUCACCCCCCUCGCCUCCCCCGUGUGGGCAGCAAACACAGUAAGCUCAACAUAUCAUACAACAUCACCUACCGCCGUCGUCUCCCCGUCAAAGGCGACCACCGUCACUGACGGCCCCUCGCCUAGGAGAACCUCGCCCACUGUUUUGUCUCCUGUAGUAGUGAGUAUGUCCAUCGUUGGGGGUAUUAACCCAGUGGACACCCUACCUCUGCUGGAACCUUUAGACAUGUCUUGUGAUGGAGCUAUGAACACAGGGGACACCGUGCCGCUACUGGGUUCUUCUGUCGACGAGGACACUAGUACCCUUACUCCAAAAUCGAAGGAUUUUAGAAAUAUAGUAUCCUUAGGACCAUUGCACCUCGCCAGUAAGCCCGCUCUCACGUCGGAGCCUACAAGAGUCUGCGCCUUCGUCAGUCCCGCUGCGUCUGUCACGGGGUUACAAAUGAACGAGAAAUCUGCCUUGGGUAGCACAAUCGUUCCCCUGAGCGGGAAAUCACUUCCUUUACUGGGGUUAUCCCCUGCAUCUCUCGGCUCCCCGGGGACUGGUACGGGGGAGGUUGUCUCAGAAAGACCCAACGCGUCCUCUCCUACCCAGAAGCCCAACAUUACCUCUCCGGCGCCACUCUCCACGCCCGAUCUAAGAGUGGACAUGUUCGAGGCGGACUAUCCUGGAGAGGGGUGGUUGGCAGGCGGCACACAUAAUAACAUGGAGGUGGGGUCGCCGCCUGUCCUGCCUACAGGAUUCCCGGCCAUCACCCCAGAGGACCUCACCCCUGCAGAGCUACAUGAGUUCGACAUGAAGUACGGGUCGCCCCAUCACGCCCGCUCGCGGUCCAUCAAGUCCCUGGCACGUCCAACUCUCCUCGCCCUUCCUCUAGAACGUCCUCGCCUUACUUCACUCCCUGUCAACGGUGGCGAGGACGAAGACGAGGACGAUUACUACCGCCUCAGACACUUCUCCAUCACGGGUCGUCGCAUCGUCAACCGUGGCGACUCCUUCAAGUCACGACGGACCCGCUCCAACACCAGCGUGGCCUCCGACGCGUCCAGGGUGGUGACGUCAUUGGAGGGCGGGGCCAACUUUAUCACGUCACUGGAGGGAGCGUGUCGCUCAUUGGCUCCCGGCUUGCCCCCUGCCAUCACACUGUCCUGUGACGACGUAUCAUGCAUAGAAAUAGAUCGCCGAGAUGUCCUCAUCACUAGAGCCAUGCGAGGCUCAGACCACUGUGACGUAGAUCAUCGGCUCGUCACAGCAAAACCCUCCUUUCACGUCGCCUCAAAAGGGCGUAAGCAACAAGCCUCCAGAAGCAAUUUCAACACCAAAGUGACUGGAGGAUUAAGCGAUGGAAACUGCCUUCAGAGAGCUGCUCGACGAUGGGCUGCUAAGCAACCCAACAACAAACAAACUGAAUCCGAAUUCCGAAUGAGCACUGAUGGAUGCGCCUGGUCACAUCCCUGCUCGCUGGCCACGUCGGCAGCAUCGUCGGCGGCGUCGUCCCAGGCGUCGUCGGCCUCGGAAAUGGUGACGCCGUACCGGGUGGUGAUGCUGGGUGCACCGGGUGUGGGCAAAACGGCCCUGGUGCACCAGUUCAUGACUUCAGAGCACAUCAAUGCUUACGAUAACUCCCUCGGAAAAGUGGAGGACAUCAAAAAGUGUUGGGACCUAGUAGCAUCAUGCGGUCCACAAAUAGGGUACUACCCAAAUGUCAGCAAGUGCCUCCUCAUUGUGAAGCCAGAACACCAUCAACAGGCAAUACAGGUGUUCAAUGGAAGUGAGGUCAACAACAAAGUAGCUGUAGCGCAGGAGGUGGGCGCCUUAAACUGGCUAACAACGUUGCCGAUAAGAGCAAAGGGCUUCAGCUUUAACAAACAAGAAUUUACAGACGUCAUUACUCUAAGUUCAUAA